UUCGAGAAUGCGAUUGGUGUAUUCAAAAAGGAAACGAGCCAACCGGCUGCGCUAUUACUGAUACGCCACCGACAUGUUUGCCACUUUUCUGUAGAAUGUAAAUGGACUCGGAUUGGCGAUAAGGGAUGGAGACCUCGGUGUACAUGUGCUUCCCCUGCUGCCAGGAGUUCAGCACGCUGGAGGAAGUGCUCGUGCACCAGCUGACCUGCAACCCUGAAGCUGAAAGGAAGGAGGAAUUCAUCGCAGCGCACCCUGGUCUCCAGGAUGAGCAGACGCUUUCAGAGACCCUGCUGACCGCUUGUGACCUGCUGGGCGAGGACCAGAACCAGACGACCGUGGUGCUGUCGGAACCGAGGGACCAGGGCGCGACCGCAGCGGGUUCUGACAGCCAGAUCCAGUACCAGUGCGGGGACUGCGGGUGCCUGUUUGAGUCGCUGGGCCUGUGGCAGCAGCACCGCAAGCUGGGCCUGUGCCACGCGCCCGGGUCAGAGCCCCAGCCGGGCGGGACCGAGCAGAGCAGCACCGGGGAGAACCCUGAGCAGAACCCGGAUGGGGAGGCCGCCGUGGGGGAGACUGGGGACGGGGUGGCUGGAGGAGAUGCAGUGGGAGGAGGAGACGCAGUGGCAGGAGACGCUGUGGCAGGAGGAGAUGCAGUGGCAGGAGGCACAGUGGCAGGAGGAGACGCGGUGGCAGGAGGAGACGCAGUUGCAGGAGGAGACACGGUGGCAGGAGGAGGCGCAGUGGCAGGAGACACAGUGGCAGGAGGAGACACAGUGGCAGGAGACACAGUGGCAGGAGGAGACACAGUGGCAGGAGGAGACGCAGAGGCAGGAGGAGACGCAGUGGCAGGAGGAGACGCAGUAGGAGGAGGAGACCCAGAGGGAGGGGAUGCGGCAAAAGUGGCGGAAAACGAGCCUGCCAGGACAGAGGGGCGAGAGAAGGAGUUGGCGGUCAGCCAGGACCACGCCUACCUGCAGAGCACCAAGCUAAGCGCAGUGGGGGGCACAGGCGGGGGGGUGCCAGGGGAAGGCCCGCCCACUAAGGAGGUGGAGCCAAACGCGGACGCGGAGGGCCAGAGCCCCCCCCCGAGGCGGCGGGGGAGCCGGAAGGCCACGGGCCCGCGGCUGGGCCUGCUGUGCGUGGACUGCGGAGCCGCCUUCACCCUGGUGCCCGAGCUGGUGGCGCACCGCAAGUCCCAGCACAGCCUGGAGGGGGCGCUGCACCGCUGCCCCGUCUGCGGGGAGAGCUUCCUCAGCACCACGCUCUUCCUCUACCACCGCAAGCAGCACCGCCGGAGGGAGGGAGGCCCCAGGGAGGCGCCGCGGCCGCCGACCGCCGUCGACGUGGCGGUCCAGACCUGCUUCUCGGACGAGCAGGCGGUGGACGGCGAGGUAGUUGUGGAAGAGGCGGGGACGGAGGGGGUGGAGGCGGCGGAGGAGGCGGAGCGAGAGGCGGCGGACUCCCAGGACCCCGCCGUCGACCCCAAGGAGCCGGACUCGGACGGGAGCGAGGCGGACGUCAAGCCCGAGGCCCCGCCGGACGAGGGGCCGCCCAACUUCCUGUGCGUGGACUGCGGCUCGGGCUUCAGCACGGAGCCGGUGCUGGCGGAGCACCGCAGGGCGGCGCACGGCCUGCAGGAGGCGCUGCACCGCUGCCCCGAGUGCGGAGAGGGCUUCAUGAACACCACGCUCUUCCUGUACCACCGCAGGAAGCACAAGGGCAGCGCGGGCGCGGGGCAGGAGGGGGCGGCGGCCGGGGCGGGCGGGGCGGGGGCUCCCGCGGCUCCCGCGGGGGCCGCGUGCCCGUCCUCUGCCCACGCGCCGCUCUCCGCUGCGCCAAAGAGGACGGGCAGCCCUGGGCUCGCGUUCUUACACAAGAGGGCAAAGGCUGAGAAUGGCACAGGUGGGAGCGUGUUCCUCAGUAAGGUGGGCGCUCAGGGGGGCGCUACGUCCGUGGAGGCGGAGCCCCAGACCUCCCAGCUGAGCAGAAGCUGGUCCCGCACGCCGCUGCCGCACGCCUGCCCGCACUGCCGCCGCACCUUCACCCGCCGCUGCCUGCUCCGCGCCCACGUCUUCACCCACACGGGCGAGAAGCUGUUCGGCUGCAAGGUGUGCGGCAAGGCCUUCUCGCGGCCGGGGAACCUGCUGCGGCACAGCCGCGCCCACGCCGAGGGCCGGCCCCACGCCUGCCCGCGCUGCGGCCGCGCCUUCAGCCAGCCCGAGACGCUGCGCCGCCACCUGGCCAUGCACGGCAAGGGGGGCGGGGCCCAGCUGCCCGCCGCCUGCCCCGCCUGCCCCGCCAGCUUCCACACGCGGGCCGAGCUGGAGAAGCACAGACUCACUCAUGCCGCUCGUGUGUUCUCCUGUUCGGACUGUGGCCAGACCUUCAAGCGCAAAAAACACCUGGACCAGCACACACUCAUGCACCAAGAGAAGGAGCCCAAGACCUGCCCCAUCUGCUCCAUCCAGUUCCUGAACCAGUCUGUCCUGGAGAACCACAUGCUGCACUGCUCGGGGAAGGAGGACCGCAGUCAGGGCCGGGGGCGUGGCCAGGGCCGGGGGCGGAGCAUGGGCCAGCUGGAGUGCGACAUGUGCGGGCACUGCUGCGUGACGCAGGAGGGGCUGGAGCUGCACCGCCUGUCGCACACGGGGCAGACGCCGCUGCGCUGCCCGAUGGCGCCCUGCCGCCACCGCUUCCUGUCCCGCACCGCCCUGGACAAGCACGUCCUCACCCACCGGCAGGGCAAGGCCGCCGCCAGCAAGCCCCGCCCCUACCGCUGCGAGCACUGCGGCAAGGGCUUCGCCUACGCCUCCACCUUCAACCUGCACAUGAGGAUCCACACCGGCGAGAGGCCCUACGAGUGCUCCAAGUGCGGGAAGCGCUUCCGGCAGCUUCCGCACCUGCAGGACCACGAGCGGAUCCACAGCGGGGCGCGGCCCUUCUGCUGCUGGGUGUGCGGGAAGAGCUUCUCGGUGGCGGCGCGCCUGACGGAGCACGCCCGCACGCACAGCGGCGAGAAGCCGCACGCCUGCGCCCAGUGCCCCCGCACCUUCCGCUCCCGCUCCAACCUGGACAAGCACGCGCGGGCGCUCGGGCACCUGCCCGCUCCCGCUCCCGCGCCCGCCGCCCCGAGCCCCGCCCCCGUCGCCCCGAGCCCCGCCCCAGAGGGCGAGGCCGCCGUGCGCACCAUCCUGCUGGUGCAGACCCCCGCCUCCGACGCCGCCGCCGCCGUGUACCACGCGGACGCCUCUUCCCUGGUCUUCUUCCACCCCUCCGUCUCCGUGGUGACUGAGCAGGACAUCCAGCAGUCCAUCGAGGUAUAGUGAGAGGGAGUGAAAAGGAAGGAGAUGUGAAGUGGAGGAAGUGCACUUCAGUGAAGAAAUGUGAUGAAGGGAAGAUCCAGCAGUUGAAGUGCAGAGGGAGAGGAGGUUGUAGGAGUGCAUGUCGCAAGGAAGGAGGGAUUUUCCAAAUGAAAAACGAAAAGCAACAAAGACUUUUUAUUGAGAGAACAUUUCCUGUGAAAUGAUGAAAUUGCUUGUAUUUUGUACAGUGUGUAUAUGUGUAUAUAUAUAUAUAUAUAUAGUCAGGGCAUUGGCGGUUUUGGACGUGUGUGAUGAUUCAGUCCGUUGCAGUUCCUGUAAUAAAAUGUCUCCGCUUCCUGUUGCGUUUGCGGCUGUCGUUUCGCCGGGGCGUGGUCCGGGGGCACGCGCCCGCCGGCUCGUCUCUUGCGUCGCGUUCUGUCCCAGCUGCCCCGGCGCCGCGCCGAACCGCCGCAGCGCUUGCCUGGCAGACGUGAUGUCGAAUAACAAGCACGGGAACAUGCAGUCACCAAGGCAACCGCCCUGUUAACCUUUUAGUCAGAGUUAAUUUGGCAUAUACAGUAAUGUGAUCUGUAAGUGCUUGGACAGUGACACCAUUUUGGUUGUUUUGGGCCCCGUAUACCAGCACAUUUUAUUUGAAAUGAAACAAUGAAUAUGCGGUUAAAGUGCAGACUGUCAGCUUCGAUGGUAUUUACGUCCGUAUUGUUCGUGUGGAAAUUAAAGCCCUUUUUAUACGCUCCCCCAAUUUAAGGGGACUAAAAGUAGCUGUACAAAUUAACAAUCUGAAAUAUUUGUCACGUUUUAAUACUUGGUUUGCAAAUUUGUUGCAUUUGAUGACUGCCUGAGGUCUGUGACAUAUAGCCAUCACCGGACACUGAGCGUCUUCCCUGAUGCAGCUCUGCCAGGCCUGUACUGCAGCCAUCUUCAGUUCCUGUUUGUUUCUGAGGCGGUUUUGCCUUCAGUCUUGUCUUCAGCGAUUCGGGGAUGGGUGAUUGACUUGCCCGGGUCAAAAACAUUUCAGUUUUUGGCCCUGGAAAGCCCCUUGGUUGCUUCAGCAGUACGUUUGGGGGUCAUUGUCGUGCUGCAAGGUGAAGCACCAUCCAAUAAGUUUUGAGGCAUUUGAUUGGAUCCGAGGAGAUAAGAUGUUUCUGUGCACUUCAGAAUUCAUCCUGCUGGUGCUGCUGUCAGCAGUCACAUCAUCGGUGAAGACAAGUGAGCCAGUAUCUGUGGCAGCCAUACGAGCCCAAUAAUAACUCAACCUCCACCAUCAUUCACAGAUUGGGGGGGUUGGGUGGUAUUGGAUAACGGUCAGUUCCAUUCUUUCUCCACCUUUUCCUCUUUCCAUCACUUAGGUACAGGUUAAUACUUGUGUCAUUUGUCCAGAAGACAUUAUUCCUGAACUCUGCAGUUUUUUUUUAAAACGUGCCUUUCAGCAAACUGCAGCCUACUGUGCAAUAACUUCUGCUCCCCUAAAAUGGGACUACACAAAGGGCUGUAAUUCCUACCCAAUAUGGAUUGAAAUGCCCUUGACAGCCUGCACUUUAACCUCAAAAUGACAGAAACACUGUCCAAAUACUUAUGCACUGCACUGUAGCCUGUUUUCAUGCAUAUACACGUUAUGACUGGCAUUUGCUGUUCAUUUUUAAACGUUGCCAUUCUUUUUAUGAUUGCCAGCCAAAAAUAUGUGUUUGUGUCACAGUCCCAAUGGAAUCUGAUGACUGAAGGUCAUUUCAUUUCCCUUCUGACAAAGUUAUGAUUAAAAUAAUCACUGUGGUGCUUCCUGCCAAUGCAGUCCUGCCCAGCCAUUGAUAGGGAGAGUGGAUCUUGGGGACAUAUUUUGCAGUUAAUUUUGGGGUGCAUUCUUUUUUUUUCUUUUUUUUUUCUCCUUGGUUGUUUACGAGGUCUUUUAUGAUAAGCUCAUGACUACCCUGUGCUGACCGGACGUGUGCUGAAAUUAAAAUCCCGCUACAAAUGAA